UUUUUUGCUUCUCGGUCUGGUUUUGUCCCCUCUUUCGCUUCCAUUCUCCUGUAACGAAGCACCCAUCAUGUCGCAACCACCUGAUGCUGAGCCAAUUACUGUGGUACCAGCAGAACCAGGAUCAACCACUGAGCCAACAUCUGCAACAACACCCACUGCACCCGUGACCAGAACUUCAUUCUGGAGGGAAAGGAGAAAAAUCCCAGAGAAGACAGACGAGUUUCUGCUCGCCAGGUUUCAGGGUGAUGGAGUGAGAUAUAAAGCCAAGCUUAUUGGCGUGGAUGAUGUCCCAGAAGCAAGAGGGGAUAAAAUGUGUCAGGAUUCCAUGAUGAAACUAAAGGGCAUGGCAAUAGCUGCUCGUUCUCAAGGCAAGCACAAGCAAAGAAUAUGGGUGAACAUCUCUCUAACUGGAAUCAAAAUUGUUGAUGAGAGAACUGGGGUGAUUGAGCAUGAACAUGUGGUGAAUAAGAUCUCGUUCAUUGCUCGUGAUGUCACUGAUAACCGGGCCUUUGGAUAUGUUUGCGGGGCAGAGGGGGAGCACCAGUUUUUUGCUGUUAAAACAGCUCAGCAGGCUGAGUCUCUGGUCACUGAUUUGAAGGAUCUGUUUCAACUAAUCUUCAAUAUGAAGAAGAAAGAGGAGGCUGCACUGAAGGGUGAAGGAAAUGGCACUGUGAUUGAGGUGGGUAAUGGUGGUGAUGCUUUACUCACCCUGGAUGGCCAAGAAAAUGCUGUAAAAACCGUAGAGCAGAUGGACCUGUUUGGCAAUAUGUCCACUCCACCUGACAUUCACUCUCCUACGCCUGAGAGUGUUCUUCUGCUUGACUUUGCUGUUGUGAUUGAUGGCAAACAAGAAAAUCCUUUCAUCUGCUACCCAUCUCCUCUCUGCAAUAAAUCAGACGACAAACCGGUUUCAUUCACAUCAGAUCUUUUCCCAACUCCUAGUUCCGAUCCCUUCAGUGAUGAUCCCUUUUCUCCCUUGAAUGAUUUCACACAAUCAGAUUCCAUGUUUUCUUCCAAUAACAAGUCAGAUCUUUCUAGUUUCCUCUUAAAUGGGCCAGACUUGCAGCAAAGCCUGAGUAAAGACUCCACUUCACACAGUCAGCAGUUUAAUGGACUGUCCGGUGCCCAGUUGUCCCAUGAAAGUCCAAAUGCUCAAUUAAAGCAGCUUCCUUUAAGCGAUCUGAACAGUGACAGCAAUUCCCUCUUUAGCCAGAAUCCUUUUUUGAGUACCUCAAUGAAAAACCCGUCUAUCUUAAACGGGGUAUCCAAAUCAGGUCCUCCUGUCCUCCAAACUCCUCUCUUGUGUAAUGAAUCCAGUAAAUCAGUGGCAUUGUUUCAAACCAUCACGCCACCUUCUGUUCAAAAUGGAGGCUUGAUGGUCCUUUGCCCCCCACCCCAAAGUUCGAGGUCUGGAUGCAUGCGGAGGAGAGGGAAGUCACCUGGAAAUGACAUGUUUGGAGCUGAACUCUUUGCUCCACCAACCCAGGAGUCCCAGUCCUCGAAUCAGAAUUCAUCCAUUCCAGCGGACUUAUUCAACACAACACCUUCCUCCACCAUCAAUGCUCUUGGUUCAUUGUCUCUGGGCCCUACUUCUGUCACUCAAACUCCUGGGACAGCCCCAUCUCCAUGGGGUCAAACACCCACAAUGUUUCCUCAGAGCGGUUUUCCUCAAGUAACCAUUCCGGGACAACCAAAUCCUUUUCCUCAACCAUCUGCUUUUGGAGGCCUGCCUGGACCUGCAUGGGGGCAGCAAGGAGCUUUGUCUUUUGGUCCAUCAGCUGCCUCACAAUCCUGGGGUCAACCGGGAAUCGCAGCACCUGUUGGGGCCUGGCCCACUGCUGGUCCUGUGGCCAGUCCUUUCCAAGCAAACCAAUUUGCUCCCAUGAUGCCUCCUAAUGCAAUAAUGGGUAUGCAGCAGGGUGCAGUUGUUCCACCUCGCCCUCCACCACGUCCUCCGGUGAAAGAAGAACCCCCAGUGGUCAAAAGUGCCUUUACAGCUUUGGACCCCCUUGGGGAGAAAGAGAAGAAGACUGGAAAAGACAUGUUCAAAAAUUUCCAGAUGGUUAAGCCCCAGAAAGCAGAACAAGAACCUGGUCCAAACACCAAUGGCUCAUUUGACCAGUACUUUUCCAGUAAGGUUGGCCUGGCUCAGGAGGUGGCAGAUCAUGAUGACUUUGACAUAAACCAAAUCUCCGUGAACUCAAAUGGGACUUCCAAACUUGCUCCUCAGCAGUCCCCUGCAACUGUUGCUAGUCUGACCCCGGUCCCAGCCGCAGGGCUUUUGGAUGCUGCUUUCACUCCUAAUCUAGUCCCUGCAGGCUCAAACCUUUUUGAUGACACUUUUGGAACUAACCCUUUUGGAGCACCACCUAUGAAUACAAGCACUCCAGCCACUCAGACUGCUGCUCUUGCAGAUGCUUUUGGGGACCCGUUUGGGGGAAAUCCUUUUGCCUGAGAGACUUUAGCACUGCUGUACACUCCCACUGAUCCAGUGCUGCUGAGCCAGAGAAUCACACGCACUGUAGAGUUGCUAUCAGCAUUCUACUACAAUGAAAAGAAAUGUGCUGAUGAAAACCAUUUUUCU